CCCUGCCGGGCGGUCCUCGCUUCUUGGCCGGGGGCCUUGCCUCAACCUCGGCUUCGCCUCCCCGCCGAGGCGUAGCUGCGCGGGCUGCGAAGCUCCCGCGACCCAGAAACAGUCGGGCGCGGGCGGAGCGGCGGGGCUGUGUAGCUGCGCCAUGGCCGCGUCGGCGUGGUGCUGCCUGCGUUGCUGCAGGGACGGCGGGACCGGCCACAUUCCUCUCAAGGAGAUGCCGGCCGUACAGCUGGACACGCAGCACAUGGGAACAGAUGUUGUCAUUGUGAAAAAUGGAAGAAGAAUCUGUGGCACCGGAGGUUGUUUAGCCAGCGCACCUUUACAUCAGAACAAAAGCUACUUUGAGUUCAAAAUCCAGUCUACUGGAAUCUGGGGUAUAGGUGUUGCAACUCAGAAAGUGAACUUGAACCAGAUUCCUCUUGGCCGAGACAUGCAUAGUCUAGUGAUGAGAAACGAUGGAGCCCUGUACCACAACAACGAAGAAAAGAGCAGGCUGCCAGCCAACAGCCUUCCUCAGGAGGGCGAUGUAGUGGGUAUCACAUAUGACCAUGUAGAAUUAAAUGUGUAUUUGAAUGGGAAAAACACGCAUUGUCCAGCAUCAGGUAUACGAGGGACAGUGUAUCCAGUUGUGUAUGUUGAUGACAGUGCAAUUCUGGAUUGCCAGUUCAGUGAAUUUUAUCAUACUCCUCCACCAGGUUUUGAAAAAAUAUUAUUUGAGCAGCAGAUCUUCUGAAUGUGUUUGUUUUCAAAACUGGCACUUCUGCACAACCACACAGCGCUUGCCACUUAAUAAAGCUUUCCCUGACCUAGAGAGGGGAACUCAUCCUGAAAAUCGCUCCUUCUUACUGUUGUCUGAGGAACCCGUGUCUUCAUUAUACCAUGCUGAAGUUUGAUUUGCAAUAUCUAGGCAUUGUGAAAUCAACAUUUGGGGCCACUUAUUUAAUCUUAUUUAAACUAAUAAACCAUGGGUUUGGUUAACAGUA